AUGAAUUUCGGCGUGGAUCUCUUCCGCUUGUACGAGAACCACAAGAAGGAAUCGGAGGCGGCGGGGAAUUAUGAGACGGCCGCAACCACCGCCCUGCGGCUGCAUCAAAUGCGGACCGUAGAGCAAAAGCGGCAAAAAGCGUACAGAUACUUUGCUUACUCAGAUUUCGAUCUCAUUUCUUUCGUGUAGAAGCUUUUGUUUCAGUAGUGUUGGGUGCAACUUGAUUCAGAGAAACUCACAAUUGCAGGAGCAAAUAUCUUUACCUGUACGUAAAUGCAAAUCGUCGCAGGUCACUUGCCCAGCGCCACAAAACCGAGCUGGAAGCUCUGGAGGCCGCACAGGUGCAGGCAAAACUGGAAUUGGUCGAGUAUUCAGUUCUUAAACGUUACAUUUUCAGCUGUUACAUGCAUUUGUGACGCAAGGAUAGGAAAAGUGAAAUGGGGGAGCUUGCUGCACCUCUCGCAUCACAAAUUAGCUCGGCACAGAUUUUGGCGGUGUUUAAGUUUUUCAAGAAUUUGUCAAACGAAGUAGCUCCGUCGUGUGGAUGUGGAUGGUAAUUUUGCAUGACAAAUUCACGGAGCAAAAUGGGUCGCCCUGCCCUUAGCCUUCCAACAUGACAAAUUCACGGAACAGCUGACAGCGUAAGGUUUGAGAACUCCAUAGCGAGGCUGAAAAAGCCGCAGUCGGCCAGCUGCUAGCGCACGAGUCGGAGCAGCAUGCGAAAUUGCGGGCCAGACAUGCGAAGGAACUGGAGAAUGUUUCGCCGCCAGCGCGUAGCUCUACUCGAGCCACCACGUCAGCAGGUGCGGAAACGAGUAACAGCACUGGAAGUUGUUGUAGCACCAAGGACGAACAAGAAGGGCACUACGAGAUCGCCACAAAAAGCACAACUGGAGGUUUCGAAGCAGCUCCUGAGAGGUCGACCAGCACUGCUACUGGUAGUACGAAUGCAGCAACUGCUGUGACGAAACAAAAGCCGACAGCCGAAAUUCUGCAACUGGAAACUCGCCUGAAGCACAUCGUCUCCCAAGGCCUUUACGCCAAAGCACGUAAAAUCGCUCAGCAGAAACAGAUGCUAGUGCAGGAGCAAGAAGCGCGCGCAACGGUACUAAUACAACACACAGAUGUACAGAUGCUUGCUGUAGUUGCAUAGAAGGUUAGAACUAGAUGCUUCGUUUUUGUCGCAGCGAGCAACGUGUCUCAGACACUGUCACUGAAGCCUAGUACCGACUAAAAAUAUUUAAAAAAUAUUGCGGACAAGUUCGUGAACGAAACAUUACCGAAGCAUUACCGAGUGGAUCAUCUAAAGAUCUAAUCCUGUUUCUUGUUUAAGAUUAAAAACGACAAAGUCGACAUCAACGCUGACACCCAGGCCUCCCUGCCGCUCGAAGCGGAGACCAAAGCUUCAAAAUUGGCGCAAAAGCACCAAGCUGAGCGCGACGCGCUGGAGGCCCGUCUGCGGCGCGGGCGCGACUGUUUGCGCCGCAACCAAGAAGAUGCGUUCCAGCAGCUGCAUAUCCUGAGUAAAAACAUCCCCACACCAGAGUCAAGAUGGGGAUUUUGCAACACAAACCUAGAACUUCUGGGGGUCACGCAUCACAAGUUGCAGUCCGUAGUGUAGUGCAGGUUCGCAAGGCCAGCUGCAUCAGAAAUCCAUCUGCUCAUCCUGUUUACAGCAUUACAAAUUCGAAAACACGACUAAAAAUGCUUCUCCUGGCGAUGCGCAUUACAAAUGUUCCUGUCAUUGCAAAUCUGCAUGACAACUCUGGUGUGGGGACGUUUUUACUCAGGAUACUGCAAUUACGGCAGGCAAAGGCGCUCGCGAAUCUGCAAACCAAGCACCGCUGCGAGCUGGCGCAGUUGGAAGCAAAAUGCAGGAACACGGCGAGGAAGCAACAUGCAGGAAUAUUACAGGACGGAAGCGAAAUCUUCGAAACAGAUGUUGCUCAGCGACUGCAGGGCAAAACUUUGCUGCAGACAACCAGCAGGGAAAACAGUCCGCGGGGAGGACGAGCCGUCCCAUCUUCACAUAGAAGUCCUCGCUGCAAAAGUCCUACUUUCCUCGCUUCGGGCAAGUUGUUCGAGGUGGAUAGGGCUGCUUAUAGCGAAACGUCAUUUUUCAAUACCAGUAUUAGUGAAGAGUUUGCUUCCAAAGAACUAAACAGGCCCCCGAUAGUGAGUGCGUUUGAUGCAAGUCAGAAUAAGGACAGUGUCAGUUCAGCCAUGAGCAGGUUUACCGCGGAGGAGCGCAGUCGCACGCUCGGAAGUGGUGGUGAUCACUGGAGUAGAAAUCCUCGAAAGAAGUUCUAG